CCAGUCCCGCUGUCGCUAGUCGCUUAAACGUAGACCGUGUAGGGCCCGUCCAAAAAUAUAUAUAUAAAAAUAGCCAUGAAGCACCCGUGGUUAAGCGCGCUGCUAUUUCUUGGACUAACGCUGGUCGUUAGAUCGAAGGAAGCAGAAACCAAUCACCUGCAGGAAAUACAGCACUCCAAAGGGAGAGCCGGAACUGAAAUAGCCAACGCUGUAGUGGACAAAGUUGGGCAGGUCACAAACACAGUCACAGGAGUGGUGGCUGGAACGCCGCUGGCUGACCCUUUCAGCGCUUUCCUCCUGUUCAUCGGUAACAUCUUAGGUUUCUUCAACAACCUCGACGUCAACAACGCCAACCUCGGCACAUUGGAUCUUACCAACCUCGACCUCGCCAACCUUGGCCUCGGAGUCGGAACCGCUGGUACUGCUGCCGGAGGAGCAGCUGCAUUGUUCGCCACUGCCAUAGCUGCCCUGUCCAGCUUCAAGACUGGUCUACUUACAGUGGGUGUCAAGGGGCUCGAGAUCGCCAACUUCAUUCUGGCUAUCAUCGGUCUAGCUCUUCUCGGAGCUUAUGCUUACGUCCACGAAGGAGACAUUCAGGGUAUCUUCGAAACUGGAACAGGGUAUGCCAGCGGUACCGGCUACGAGGAAUACGAAUACCCACAUGACUCGUACAGCUCUUACGUCAGCUCUGCCCGCGCCCUUCUUGAUACCCCGGUCGUACAGCGCCUGGCUACUGCCGUCCACGAUGCCAUCACCAAAUACCAAGAAGACGUAGAAGAGAGAGAAGCGGAGGCAGAAUAAAGGAUAUGAAUCUCCGUCCGGCUCUCUGGGGGAAGGUUGGAGACACGAGCUCAGUCUCCAACGUCUCCGUUGCUGGCACAGAAGAAGAAAAAGAAAAAGAAGAAGAAGACGCACCUCCAAGACGAAGAAGGUCAUCCACCCCGGAAACUCGCUCUACUGCAUCCUCAUUGUAUUUAUUGUUGUAUUUAUUUCUGGGGUCUUGCCUCGACUCGGCAUGCUGGCCGUGCCAUCGGCAAGACUCAUAGCACAGUCCAUUGAGUUACACGGAUCGUUUGAACGCCAAAGACAUUUUGACGUUGAUAUUGGGAGUCCCUCCGGACUCCCCCCCUAACGCCAUACCAGUCGAACGCUUUACCGGAUGGUCGUCCUCGACUGCUUGUGUCGAAGAAGCCAUUAACAGAACUUGACUACUGGACUUGACUGGGCCUACUGACGUGGCCUCAGAAACGACUUGAAAUGCUGCCGCAGGCUUUAAUUUAUUUUGUGACAGAAAUGACCCUUGACGUACCUGAUUCCAGCGUAUAAGAGACGCUUAAUAAAAGUUCAUUUAUCUAUCCUCUGUACAUAAUUGUAUAUUUAUAUUGUUAUUUGUUGUUCGAUGUCUCUCUUAUACCUUGUGAUGAGAACCUGUACACCCACAUGAAGCCACUAAGAUCCUAUUUAGUACAGGUCAGACACAAGACCUAGUCAUGCGAAUAUGACUGACGCAUCUGACUACAGAAUCUUUAUUCUUGUCUAUAUUUUUAUAAGGCUAUGUAACAUUGUUAACAUUUUAAUAAAAUAUCAUAUCUGAUA